AUGGCCGACCAGAGAUACGCCACGUCGCUGUACAAUGACAUUGCGCUCUCUGCUCCCGCAUUCGAGAUUCGGUGGCGCAGUGGAGAUGUCAACGGCCAGUUUACCCACCCGCCGCCGCCUACUACGAUCCCGACAAGCACGUCGGAAUCGGCAACGUCGAGAUCUACGGGGGAGACUGAGAGCUCCUCGGCACCACCGACGCCUUCCGAAGCGGAGAACAAGACAACGGGCGACAUGCCAGCGGGGAAAAUAGCCGGCAUUGUCGUUGGCGCCGCAGCGGCCAUUUGUGCAGUUCUGGCGGCCGUGCGCGUAAUAGGCCAUGGCGACGCUGCCGAGCUUGACCCAGGCGCAAACCCCAUUGCCGAGCUGCAAAGCGAGGGGCCAGUCAAAGAGCUGGACAGCAACCGACCCAAGCAGUACAAUGAUCACGCCGCGAUCAAUGUAGAGCCUGUGGAGUUGCCAGGCGAUUCGAGACUUGGCUCGUUGUCUGGAGUGGCUGAGCGAGACUGGACCUACUAG